AUGGCCAGCCCUGUAUCUCGUUCGCGCUCGUCAGCUAGAGCAUGCGAUCGUUGCCGUCGGAGAAAAGCAAAGUGUGACUGCUCGGGUGAAUCGUCAAUAUGCACCAACUGCCGCUUGGCUCGGAUGCAAUGCACAUUUGACGUGCCGAUCGCCAGACGUGGGCCUAAAUCCAAGCGACAAAGGUCGCAUGAUGUGGCUUAUCCAAAUGUUCCGCAUAGUCCCCUGGCACCGGCGUUGCAGGUAUCGGAACAUGACUCUAUAACUCAAAAUCUCGGUUCGACCGCCCCGGUUGCAGUUCCGCUAGAUGUAUGGGACGCCGAUAUCUCGGUACUUGAUCCGGCUCUUUCUCCUGGGACCGUACAUACAGCCCAAUCGUCUAUUUCCGAUGUCGCCUCUACAAGAAUUACCUCGGCGUUGCAGCGAUGGCAUACUUUGGAGCGGGUGAUUGUCGUGCAGAGCACGUCAGCGAACUUAGAGCGGACUAUCAAUCAUUGCUUCGAGUUAUUCUUUGAAUAUCUAUAUCCCUUGACUCCACUUGUUCAUGAACCCAGUCUACGAGAUGGGUUAGGGUUCUUCGUGACCCAAGGAAGGAAUUCGAGAGCUGACGGCCUCAUAUAUGGAGUGAAUAGUCUCAAAUACCCAGAGCUGUGGCCCGAUCUUUCUUUCACUUUGAUCACUGCUGUCUGCGCGGAAGCAGCUUUUCUUCUUCCGAAAGAUAUAUUUCCCGAGGGAGAGAGAAUCGCAGACAUAUUUCUCCAAGCCUCCAGAAAUUGCCUAGCUACAUAUUUGGAAGCCGAUCUUGAAUAUCCAAAUGCCAACUCCGUUGCCAUCCGAUACUUCCACUCCAACUGCAUGCAUGCUGCCGGAAAGCCACGACUGUCGUGGCACAUCUUUGGGGAAGCCACCCGAUUGGCCCAAGUGAUGCAGAUGCACGAAGAAGAUUCACUGCAGGGGCUCACUUCUCUCGAAGUGGAGUUUCGGCGACGGGCAUUCUGGAUUGCCUAUAUUGGCGAUAAAUCGGCAGCCAUUCUGAACAAUCGUCCGAUCACAAUUCACAAAUACUCAUUCAACUCUGGCAUCACUAUCGGCUAUCCGACCGGCAUUGAAGAUGAAACAAUCCUGACACCGGGCAGUGGUGUUCCAGAUGCCGAGAGCACUCAAAAGAGUUUUAUUGCAGGGUUCAAUGCAAACAUUCGGCUUUGGCAAAGUGCAUCCGAUUUGCUUUUAGAGAUGCGAUUGUUGGAUAGUCAUAAAAAUGGGAAUUUACUCCCUCGUCAACCUCCUACGGCAGAAGAAAGUCACAGACUUGACCAUCUUUACGUGCUGUUUGUGACGUCUCUCGAUGACUUACCCCCCUUUUUACAAUAUGACCAGCUCAUGUCAAACGCCAAUAAAGACAAUCAACGCCUGUCUAGACUCACAAGACUACAUAUUAUUCAAGCAGCCAACGUUUACGUCUCGUUGCACUGUCUAAAGAUGGUAAUCACACAGAAAUUUGAAGAGUUUAAUUACUAUCCUUCUGCGCCAAAUGAAAUGCUGCUACUACGGAAAACUGACAUUGCACGCGAUCUUCUCCGAGUCAUUCGCGAUGCUCCUUUCUGGGCAUUGCAGAUCAAUGGCGAACCAUGUGUAGAAAAGAUCAGGCUUAUAGGAGCUUGUCUGCUCGAGAUUAUCGAUCAGCAUGAAGCGUCCCCUCUGUCGGCUCGAGCCCGUAACGAUCUAUCGGUGCUUCUUGAUAUACUGACCCGCUUAGACUCGAAAGCGUCGGACACUUUACGACGGUUGUUAUGA